AGAAAAAAAAUUUGAAUCUCGCGGCGGUCAACGGCUCCCAAGCGACGUUCGCGCGCGAACGAGCAGCAGUGUGGUCGGUGCGAGACGCAGCAUAGAGCACGAAUUUUGUCCUUGUUGUUAACUCGCAAUUGUUGUGCUACAACAAGCGUUGUUUUGAGAUGGCGAUGAGCGUUCUGCAUGGUCCUCCGCUGAAGAAAAAUCUACUCAACGUCAAGGAUGAUGCCAAAUCGAAUCGCCUAUCGGUGGAGAGGAUCUACCAGAAGAAGACCCAACUGGAGCACAUCUUGCUCCGGCCAGACACCUAUAUCGGCUCGGUGGAGCCCGUCACCCAGAACAUGUGGGUGUAUGAUGAGCAAAUCGGCAUGAACUGCAGGGAUGUGACGUUUGUGCCUGGGUUGUUCAAGAUUUUUGAUGAGAUCCUUGUAAAUGCCGCAGACAAUAAGCAAAGGGACCCAAACAUGACAUGUAUUAAAGUCAUCAUUGACCCGGAAAACAACAAAAUCAGUGUGUGGAACAAUGGAAAGGGAAUCCCGGUGGUGGAACACAAGGUGGAGAAGGUGUACGUGCCUGCGUUGAUCUUCGGACAGCUGCUCACCUCAAGCAAUUACGACGAUGAUGAAAAGAAGGUCACAGGUGGGCGAAAUGGUUACGGAGCAAAAUUGUGCAACAUCUUCAGCACUCAAUUUACUGUAGAGACAUCGUGCAGUGAAUCUAAAAAGAUGUUUAAACAGAAAUGGAUGAAUAACAUGUCAAAGGAAUGCGACUCUGUGAUCAAGCCCAGCAGUGGAGACGACUUCACAUGUAUCACCUUUCAACCAGACCUAACCAAGUUCAGCAUGACCAUACUGGACAAGGACAUCAUUGCAAUCAUGACACGGCGUGCCUACGAUAUAGCUGGAAUCUGCAAAGGGGUCAAGGUUUUCCUCAAUGGCCAGAAAUUGCCUCUCACUGGCUUCAGGAAAUACGUGGACUUGUACCUAAAGGACCGUGUGGAUGAAUCGGGAAUGCCACUACAAGUGGUGCAUGAGGUUGUGAGUAACCGCUGGGAGGUGUGCCUCUGCAUAAGUGAAAAGGGUUUCCAGCAGGUCAGCUUCGUCAACAGCAUUGCCACCACCAAGGGUGGACGACAUGUGGACUAUGUAGUGGAUCAGGUGACAAGCAAGCUCAUUGAGACGGUGAAGAAGAAAAACAAGGCUGGCAUUGCUGUGAAGCCUUUCCAGGUCAAGAACCACAUGUGGAUAUUCGUGAACUGCUUGGUGGAGAACCCCACGUUUGACUCCCAGACGAAGGAAAACAUGACCUUGCAGCACAAGAAGUUUGGUUCUACCUGUUCCCUCUCCGAAAAGUUCAUCAAGACGGCAAUGGGCUGUGGGAUUGUUGAAAGCAUUUUGAACUGGGUGAAGUUCAAGGCACAGUCUCAGCUGAACCAAAAUUGUUCUUCAAAGAAGAUGUCUAAGUUGCGGGGAAUUCCCAAGCUGGAUGAUGCCAAUGACGCAGGUGGAAAAAACUCCCAGAGGUGCACCCUCAUUUUGACGGAGGGAGACUCGGCCAAGACCCUAGCGGUCUCUGGGCUGGGUGUUGUGGGGCGUGACCACUAUGGAAUCUUUCCUCUCCGUGGGAAAAUGCUCAACGUGCGAGAGGCUUCUUACAAGCAGAUCAUGGAGAACGCAGAAAUCAACAACCUGAUCAAGAUCGUAGGACUGCAGUACAAGAAAAAGUAUGACGAUCCUGAAUCGCUCAAGACUCUCCGCUAUGGCAAGAUCAUGAUCAUGACAGAUCAGGAUCAGGAUGGCUCUCACAUUAAAGGGCUUGUCAUCAACUUUAUUCACCACAACUGGCCAUCCUUGCUUCAACAUCGUUUCUUGGAAGAGUUCAUCACCCCUAUCGUCAAGGUGUCCAAAAACAAGCAAGAGUUGCCAUUCUACAGCCUGCCCGAGUUCGAUGAAUGGAAGAAUGAGACAAGCAAUUACAAAUCCUGGAAAAUAAAGUACUACAAAGGUCUGGGGACCAGUACAUCCAAGGAGGCCAAAGAGUACUUUGCGGACAUGAAACGCCAUCGCGUCGAAUUCCGCUACGCUGGCCCCGAGGAUGAUAAUGCGAUCACCCUGGCCUUUAGCCGGAAGAAGAUUGAGGACCGUAAGGAGUGGCUGACGAACUGGAUGGUGGACCGUCGGCAGCGACGGGAACAAGGGCUCCCCGAGUCUUUCCUUUACGGGAAACAAACUUCUCACCUGACGUACAACGACUUUAUCAACAAGGAGCUGAUCCUCUUUUCGAACUCGGACAAUGAGCGCUCAAUCCCUUCUCUUGUUGAUGGUUUUAAGCCUGGGCAGAGGAAAGUACUGUUCACGUGCUUUAAAAGGAAUGACAAGCGGGAGGUGAAGGUCGCCCAGCUGGCAGGUUCAGUGGCUGAGAUGUCUGCUUACCACCAUGGCGAGCAAUCGCUCAUGAUGACUAUCGUCAGCUUGGCCCAGAACUUUGUUGGCAGCAACAACAUCAAUAUCCUGCAGCCCAUCGGCCAAUUUGGAACCCGGCUAAAUGGCGGCAAAGAUGCCGCCAGCCCUCGAUACAUCUUCACCAUGAUCAGCACGGUCGCUCGUCUGCUGUUUCCACCCGUGGACGAUAACCUGCUCAAGUUCCUGUGGGAUGACAACCAGCGGGUGGAGCCCGAGUGGUACUGUCCGAUCAUCCCCUUGGUGCUGGUGAACGGUUCUGAUGGCAUUGGCACAGGCUGGGCCUCCAGAAUCCCCAACCAUAACCCACGUGAGAUCAUCAACAACAUCCGCCGCUUGCUUGAUGGAGAAGAGCCUCUGCCUAUGCUGCCAUGGUACAAAAAUUUCAAGGGGUCCAUCGAUGAGCUGGGUCCCAACCAGUUCAUGUUGAGCGGUGAAAUUUCCAUCCUGGACAGUGAGACCAUUGAGAUCUCGGAGCUGCCUGUACGCACUUGGACUCAGACGUAUAAGGAGUCGGUGCUGGAACCCAUGCUCUCUGGCACAGACAAGACUGCGCCACUCAUCACGGACUACAAGGAGUACCACACGGACACCACAGUGCGCUUCAUUAUCAAGAUCAGCCGGGAGAAGCUGUUGGAGGCAGAAGCAGCGGGCUUGCACAAAGUGUUCAAGCUACAAGCACCGCUCACCUGCAAUUCAAUGGUGCUUUUUGACCACCUUGGUUGCUUGAGGAAGUACGAGUCCGUUGCCGAUAUCCUGCGCGAGUUCUAUGAGGUGCGUCUCAAGUACUACAGCUUGCGCAAGGAGUGGCUCAAUGGUAUUCUGGGAGCAGAGUCGGCCAAACUGAGCAACCAGGCACGCUUCAUCCUCGAGAAGAUCGAGGGAACGGUGGUCAUCGAGAAUAAACCAAAGAAGGAGCUGAUUCGGUUGCUGGAAGCCCGAGGGUAUGAUUCUGAUCCCAUCCGUGCCUGGAAGGAGGCUCAAAUGAAGUCAAAUCUUGAAGAAGAGCCAAACAGUCAAGAGGACAGCGACGGUGGAGAAGAGUCGUCAGCUCCGUCAUCUGGACCUGACUAUAACUACAUCCUCAACAUGGCGCUCUGGUGUCUGACCAAGGAGCGCAAGGACGAACUGUUGCGGCAGAGGGAUUUGAAGAUUCAAGAGCUGGAGAAUGUGAAGUCCAAAUCACCAUGUGAUCUGUGGAAGGACGAUUUGGCAGUAUUUGUGGAGGAGCUGGAUCGUGUGGAGGCCCAACAGCACAAGGAUGAUAUUGCUGAUAUCAUGGUCAAGGGUAAAGGUGGCCAAAAGAAAGCGGGCGCCAAGAGCCUGACUUUGAAGGCGGAGGUGGUGCCCUCACCACACGGUCGACGUAUCGUGCCGGUCAUCACUGCUGCCAUGAAGGUCGCUCGCAAAAAAAUUAAGACUGAUCGCGACGGGCCCGCAGAAACAAAGUAUGAUGAGGAUGGAAAUGAGCUGCCGUCAAUCUCUCCCGAUGAGGGCUCUAAUCUCACAAAACGUGUGGCAAAGAAACCGAAGGAAAAAGAUGGGAAGAAGCAAACAACACUGUCCUUCAAGCCAACAGUCAAAAAGGAGACCAAGAAAAAUCCAUGGUCCGAAUCCGAUUCGGAGCUUGAUCUGAGCAAUCUGUCUUCUGAGGACAUUAAGGUGCCCUCCAGAGAUGCCAGGCCUAAGCGUACCGCUGCCGCACAAAAUUUUAAGUUUGACAGCACAGAUGAAGAGGGGGACCCGCAGAUGCCAACGUCGUGCCACGGCAUGGACAACAGCAGCGACAGUGAGGACGCGUUUCUGUCCAUUAAGCAGGCCUUGCCGGCGCCAAGCAGACAAAAGAAAGUGACAGAGAAAUCUAUGGACUGCAAGCCGAACGGCACAAACUCCAAACCUGCCACAAAGAAAGAUAUUGAAUCCAUCGACAUGCUCCUGGAUUCUGAUGAGGACUUGAUUGAGAUCACCAAAGCAGCAGUGAAAGCAAAGCCCGCAAGCAACGCCACCACUAGUAAGGGCUCUAAAACCACUGCCAAAAAAGGUGACGCCAAGCAACCGACCAUCCUGGCUGUUAUGUCCAAAGCAAAAGCCAAACCGAAAGCAAGUGGCUUUUCCAGCUCGGAGGGUGAUCUUGAAAAAACAUCCAAGGCAGCCGUGGCAGGUGGUGCAAAGAAGCGAAAGGUGCUUGACGAUUCAGACAGCAGCCCUGAUCGAGUCAAGCAAAGGUCCACGGCUCAACAGAAGAAGAAGGUGGGGAUGGAUGAUAGUUUCACACUCGAUGACGACGUGCUGCUCGAUUGCAGCCCUGUACAAAAGGGGCCCCGAGCUGCUCGCGCCAAGAAGGCCGUCAAGUACAACUUCUCUGAUGACGAGUCUGACCCCCAGUCGGACUUUUGAGGCCGCAAGAGGGCGCUGACUUACGUCUGUUGCUCCGGAUGUCAAAAAGCACAAUUUCAUAUAGAUUCGUGUGUACGUACGUACAAAUGUAAUGGUUAGUAGCAGGAAAAACUUUCUAUACAUUUGCGUCAAUUGAAGUGACAUUUUUAAAAUAUAGUAUUAAAGGUGAGGUUGCUCACAGGCUGGUCUCGCUGAGCAAGCGAGAUGCGGUUCACGAAAGUUGCUCGUUAAACGAAAACUCGUCAUGGUUUUCCCAUCGACUCCCACGUUAAAAGCAGACUUGCGGUUCAAUUCCCAUCAUAUUUCACUCUUGAACACCUUUUUUUAACGUGAGAAAAGCAAAUGAAAAAUUUUAAGUGACGUAAUAAAACAUAAAAUUUAACACUUACCACACACAUGAAAAACCAGUGCUUGCAGAUGUAUGUUGAACGUCUUUCACACUGUACAUAGCCAACCGUGAUAAUCGGAGGUGCCAAUGAAUGUGCCUCCACCUCUACCCCCCCCCCACCCACCUCUUUCCCCCACCUCCCCACCCCUCUUGACAUGCCUGUAUAUUGUGACUGAAAAACAGCAUUCUUGCAAGUCUUCCAUUCUGUAAACCUUUCUUCACUACUCCUUGAGAUGUUGUUCUCUCAGUUUGUGUCUCAGUCUUUUCUCCAGCAAACUUUUUAAGUUGUUACUCUUUAUAACUUUUACUUUUUGAAAA